GCGCCGCCCGCUGUCGCCGCGCCGGUAAGGUUCACCGGAGGAAUCGCCGGUACUGGGCGCCGCGUUCGACCGACUGGUGGACUCGAUCCGAUUACCAGCCGGCCGGCCCUAACCGACGCGUCCACCAGUCGAACUCGGAAUCCCAUCUCGUCCGAUCGAUGGACCCCGUGAGGGUGCGGACGAGAAUUCCUAUCAUCUACGAGGUCGUGGAAGAUCGGGAGCCGGCCGACGGGCAGGAAUUCUUGGAACGAGGUGUACGGGAUUGGAUGCAAGGCCGGUUGCCGUUGAUCGACCAAGAACUCGACAUGUUGCAAAGACAACAAGAGGCUCGGCUGCAGAGCCGCUAUGAGGAGGAGGAGGAGGAGGGCCCGUUCUGGCCGAGUUUGGCAGUCCCGGCCUCGCUCGACGCCGUCCUGCAGCUGCCGGAGACAGCCGGCGCGCCAGCCGGAGCCCGGCUCCAGCAGACGGAGUGCGCCGUGUGCCUCAAGGAUUUCGAGGUGGACGACAAGGUCGCCACGAUGCCGUGUGACCACUACUUCCACCAAGGUUGCAUCUCCGAGUGGCUCAAGGUCAGCUGCGCCUGCCCCCUCUGCCGUCACGCGCUUCCUGCUGCAACUCCACCGGCGCACCACAUGGAGGCGACGAGUCCAUGA